AUGGAUCGAGUACUGAAAGCUGCCCGAGCUUCUGGUUCUCUCAAUUUAUCAAACCGCUCUCUCAAAGAAGUGCCCAACGAAGUAUACAAAAGUUUAGAUGCUGUUGGUGAGGGUGAAAAGUGGUGGGAGGCUGUGGAGCUACAAAAGCUGAUUUUGGCUCAUAAUAGCAUUGAAUCAUUGAAGGAAGACCUUAGAAAUUUAACUCAAUUGUCUGUUCUAAAUAUCAGCCACAACAAACUUUCCCACAUUCCAGCUUCUAUUGGAGAGCUUCACUUGCUAAAAUCAUUAGAUGUUUCGUUUAACUCGAUAUUUGAGAUACCUGCAGAAAUUGGAUCGGCGACAUCUCUGAUCAAGUUUGAUUGUUCAAACAACCAACUAAAGGAUCUCCCAAGCACCCUUGGUAGAUGUUUAGAUUUAUCAGAACUCAAGGCAUCGAAUAAUUGUUUUACAAGCUUGCCAGAAGAUCUGCAGUAUUGUUCCAAGCUGAAUAAAUUGGAUGUAGAGGGAAACAAGCUAAAAAUGCUAUCUGAGAAUAUGAUUUCAUCAUGGACCAGGCUUACAGAACUCAAUGCUUCAAAGAACAUGCUGAGUGGUAUCCCUGAGAGUGUUGGAAGCCUCUCACGUUUGAUUCGCCUUGACCUUCAUCGGAACAGAAUUUCAUCAAUCCCAUCAUCAAUAAUGGGUUGCACUUCCCUCAUGGAGUUUUAUAUGGGGAAUAACACGUUGUCAUCAUUACCAGCAGAGAUAGGAGCCCUCACUCAGUUAGGGACAUUUGAUCUUCACUCAAACCAGUUAAAGGAGUAUCUAGUAGAGGCAUGCAAAUUGAAUCUCUCUGUUCUUGAUUUGUCAAAUAAUUCGUUGUCUGACUUGCCUCUUGAGAUUGGUAAGGUUAACGUUUGAUUCCAAGCAAGUAGUAUUAGAUUUGCUUCUGAUGUUGUUUGCUUUUAAUGCUAUGAACCCUCAUGCUGGAUUUAGGUUAUUGGGAAUUCUUGCAUUAGACGAUGGUCUUAUAAGUUACUCUUUUUUUGACAGGUCAACACAUUUAGGAAAAAAAAUGAAAGGGGGUGCACUUCCACUUGAUUAGUAUUAACAUUUUUUAGGCCUUGGAAACUAAAAAAAGGUGUUUUACAGUAGGGGUGUAACUUGGGUUGGGCAACCCCUUUUCAACCCGAAAAAAUUAGGGCUUGG